GGUUUAUUUUGCUUUGGGCCACUCCAGCCGCCGCCAUUAGCCGAGCCAGGAUAGAUUCUAGGGUGGCGGGAUCUCCUUCCCUGGUCUUCCUUUCCCCCCCGUACCGCCAAGGUGGUAGCGUCCUCCUUAUUCACUACGUCCUUUUAGCCGUCCAGACCAGGAAGAAACCAUGUCCUGAGCCGGGGGGGGAAGGAGCAAGAGGCCGCAACCAGCGGUGCAGGGGUGGGUGGGAGGCGGGUGAGGGGUAGGGGCGGCAGCUGCUGAGGAGACAGCCACAGGAUCAGGACACAGCACUGCAAGGAAAAGCUUUUACAUAACGCUGUCAGUCAUCCUUGCCAGUUCCACUGAAGAGGACAAGGCCCAAGACAGUAUGGAGACAAAAUAGACUCUUCAGUGUAAAAUAAACUUUCAGACUGAAAUCAAUUAAUUCAAGGAGUGCAGGAUGACAGAACGUGGAAUAAAAUGGGCUUGUGAGUACUGUACCUAUGAAAACUGGCCAUCUGCAAUCAAGUGUACCAUGUGCCGUGCUCAAAGACCUAGUGGAACUAUUAUCACAGAAGAUCCAUUCAAAAGUGGCUCAAGUGAUGUUGGUAGAGAUUGGGAUCCUGCAAGUAUUGAAGGAGGCAGCAGCCCUUUGAUAUGUCCAGAUUCCAGUGCAAGACCAAGAGUUAAAUCAUCCUACAGUAUGGAAAGUGCAAAUAAAUGGUCAUGCCACAUGUGCACAUACUUGAACUGGCCUCGUGCAAUACGAUGCACACAAUGCUUGUCUCAGCGUAGGACCAGGAGCCCCACAGAAUCCCCUCAGUCUUCGGGAUCUGGUUCAAGACCAGCUCUUUUCUCUGUGGAUCCUUGUGAGGAGUAUAAUGAUAGAAAUAAACUGAACAUGAGGACACAGCACUGGACUUGUUCUGUUUGUACAUAUGAAAAUUGGGCUAAAGCCAGAAAAUGUGUUGUGUGUGAUCAUCCAAGACCUAACAACAUUGAAGCAAUAGAAUUGGCAGAAACAGAAGAAGCUUCUUCAAUAAUAAAUGAGCAAGAUAGAACUCGAUGGAGGGGUAGCUGUAGCAGUGGUAAUAGCCAAAGAAGAUCACCUCCUACAACCAAACGGGAAUCUGAAAUGAAAAUGGAUUUCCAGAGAAUUGAGCUGGCUGGAGCUGUUGGCAGCAAAGAAGAACUUGAAGUUGACUUCAAAAAACUAAAGCAAAUAAAAAACAGAAUGAAGAAGACUGACUGGCUAUUUCUUAAUGCUUGCGUUGGGGUUGUAGAAGGUGACUUAGCUGCUAUUGAAGCAUACAAGUCAUCAGGAGGAGAUAUUGCACGCCAGCUAACAGCAGAUGAAGUACGCUUGUUAAAUCGCCCUUCCGCUUUUGAUGUGGGAUACACACUUGUUCAUCUUGCUAUACGUUUUCAAAGACAAGAUAUGUUAGCAGUUCUGCUUACAGAGGUAUCCCAGCAUGCAGCUAAGUGCAUUCCAGCUAUGGUGUGCCCAGAGCUUACUGAACAAAUUCGACGUGAAAUUGCUGCAUCUCUUCAUCAGCGGAAGGGAGACUUUGCUUGCUAUUUCCUAACUGACCUUGUAACAUUUACACUACCUGCAGAUAUUGAAGACUUGCAACCAACAGUCCAAGAGAAAUUAUUUGAUGAAGUACUUGAUAGGGAUGUUCAGAAAGAACUUGAAGAAGAAUCUCCCAUUAUAAACUGGUCACUGGAAUUGGGUACGCGUUUGGACAGUAGACUUUAUGCACUUUGGAAUCGGACUGCAGGGGACUGCCUGCUUGAUUCAGUACUACAAGCUACCUGGGGCAUUUAUGACAAGGACUCGGUGCUACGUAAAGCUCUUCAUGAUAGUUUACAUGAUUGUUCUCAUUGGUUCUAUACCCGAUGGAAAGAAUGGGAGUCAUGGUACUCCCAAAGCUUUGGUUUACACUUCUCACUGCGAGAAGAACAGUGGCAGGAAGACUGGGCAUUUAUACUUUCUCUUGCUAGUCAGCCUGGAGCAAGUUUGGAACAGACACACAUUUUUGUACUUGCACAUAUUCUUAGAAGACCAAUUAUAGUUUAUGGAGUAAAAUAUUAUAAGAGUUUCCGAGGAGAAACUUUAGGAUAUACCCGUUUUCAAGGUGUAUAUUUGCCUUUGUUAUGGGAACAGAGUUUUUGUUGGAAAAGCCCUAUUGCCCUGGGCUACACGAGGGGCCAUUUCUCUGCUUUAGUUGCCAUGGAGAAUGAUGGUUAUGGCAACCGAGGUGCUGGUGCUAACUUGAACACUGAUGAUGAUGUUACUAUUACUUUUUUACCGUUGGUUGACAGUGAAAGGAAGCUGCUGCACAUUCACUUCCUGUCUGCUCAAGAGAUUGGUAAUGAGGAACAGCAGGAGAAGCUGCUCAGGGAGUGGCUGGACUGUUGCGUGACUGAGGGUGGAGUCCUAGUUGCUAUGCAGAAAAGUUCUCGCCGGCGCAACCAUCCCCUGGUGACACAGAUGGUAGAAAAAUGGCUUGAUCGUUAUAGACAAAUUCGCCCCUGUACAUCCCUUUCAGAUGGAGAAGAAGAUGAAGAUGAUGAUGAUGAAUGAUACAAUUGAGAUACCUGGCUGAGUAUAAUGUAUGGCGACAGCCCCAGCACUUGGGGCAUGCUCUAGCAGUUUGUUACACAAUGACCCAAUUGUAGCAGGAAGCGACCUGCAUAGGAUUUUUAAUCAGCAUGGAAUUCAGAGGCUCAACAUGUGUGUGAAGACAGCUAUGUUGGUUGGACUACCAUUUGUAAAAAAAGCAAAGCCCUAAUUUUAUUACCAAGACAGAAAACAUUUUUCUUUCCAAUUGUACACCUGGCUAUAAAUGUACCGCAUGUACUCAUGUAAGAAAGUUGUGUAAUUGGAAAAAGUAUUACCAGCUUCUUAAAAUUAUUGAAGAAAUUUCUUUUGAAUAAGGGCACUUAAAAGCACAUCAUAGAUUAAUAUUUGUUCCUUUUGAGACUUACAGUAAAACUUGGUUAUUCUACAUCACUUCUUAAGCAUUCUGACAUACCAUUUUAUAUGAAAUCUUGCUAAUGCCCAGGUCAGAUUAUGUGGCUUUUUUGUUGUUGAAGCCACAUAGCCAGAGUAAGUCAAAAAUACAAACAAGUGUAUUAUUUUUAUUAAGAUAUGAGUUACUGUUGUGCCCAUCAUAAUAAAAUGAAAUGCUAAAGGGAAAAAAACUAUAUGGAAGGGAUGAUAAAUUUUGAUUGAGUGAACUUCGUUUUUUCUAAAGGCUUCUCUGCUGUCCAUUAAUAUUUUCUAUCAUUUCUUUGGGAUAUUUUUUUUCCUUCCAGUGUACUUAAAAUCAUCAAACAAGUACUGUUCCAGAGAGCUGUAUUCUAAACAAUUGUGUGGAAUUUGCUUCAUCUAAACUGAAAACUGCAUUUUGUCCAAACCAGACCUUGCUGUGAGUUGUACAGUAGAAAUUACUAUUUUAUCAGGCCUUUCCCCUUGCAACUUAAAAUCACCUCCAUUAAGGAGCACUCCUUGGUCAUUAAAAUUGAGUGAGAAAGCACUUUGGCAGUUUUCCUUAAAAGCCUUCAUUCUAAAGUUUUUGUUUUAAAGUACUGUAUAUUAUCUUUUCAUGGUAUGUAAACGUUGGAAUUUUUUGCAUGUUGAUUGAUUGUGGCCACAUUUGAAUAUGUAAGUUUCCUGAAAGUAUAAGUUCAGAAUAUAUUCUCCAGUAGAAAAUUCUUUUUUAUUAUACUUGAUAACUCUAGCCAUGCUAUCUUGAAUGGAUACAGCCUAUCUAAAACCUCAUUUUAAAAAACACUAAAGGUUGAAUAGUUUUGUAUGCAUAAAGCAGAUCCUGAUAAGCACUUUUUGAAGACCAAUGAUGGUGGAAAUGGUGACAAGGAACCUCUUGCAAAAUAGAUUUCUUCGUUUGGACAGGAAUCGUACACGUUUUUACAUAUAUGUAAAAAAUAUAGGAACCCUUCAGAAUUUGCUGCUUUUUCUAAAUGUGGAUUAGAUGGUGUUGAAAUGUACUUUCCAAAAAUAAUCCUGGUGAUAAAUCUACACUGAAAUUUCUUCAAGGUACUACAUUGGAGAAAUAUGUGAAUUCAGUUUUUUCACUUUUGAAACAAGCAUAUUAUGGAUGGGUGUGUGUAUGUGUAUGUAUGUGUGUAAUUUGGUCAUUAGUUGUCUCUUUGUGCAUGUAGAGAUUAUCAGGUAAAGGUGCAUAUUUACCUGUGAUGAGUCAAAUUUCCUAAGUAGGAGAAUAAUUGGAUUUCUUUUCUAAACCAGGUUCUGUUUUUUUUGUGCAAUCCUAAUUUUAGAUUUUCUAACUACAGUCAUAAGGUAAAAUUUAAUACCUUGUUUUCUUGCCUACCUUGCAUAGUGAAAUCCUCAUAUCUCUGGACCAAUAGAAUAAGCUAAAUAAUUUUGCUUUUGUGGGCGGAGUUUGUAAAAAAAAAAAAUCAAAAUCUGAGUCACUGUGCUGGUAUUAAUAGCUGAUUCCAGUGGGAUACAGUUAUCUUAAAUACAAGCAUUACUACCCUAGAAGGGGGAAAUUGCUAAAUUUCCAACUGUCUUUACUCCACUGCAGUAACCAAGUCUGAAAUAUUUGGCAUCAACUUGGAUGAAACUGGUGCCAUCUGGAAUAAAAAGCACAACAAUGUGAAUCUUUACUGGCUUAAAUUCACAUAUACUGUAGUACUACACAGGCUGAAACAUUCAAAUCCCUUCUUGUAGUGUAGUCUCAGUACAUCCGUGGAGGUUAGCGGUUUGGUAGCUGUUAUAGUCCAGGAAAGCAGGGAAUGAAGUUGUGGUGAGCCUUGAAUAUUGAUUGCAAUAAUGCAUGGAUCUCUAACUUGAUGUCUGUUUUUUAAAAAAUUAACUUUUUCACAUGGUGUGAGCUAAGCUGCAAUUGAGGUUUUUUAUUAUUAUUAUUGCACCGUUUUUACAUUUCAGGGGCAAAUUCUAGUUUGAGUUCGUAGCCGAGAUAUUUCCUGCUUAAAAUAUUUAUUUUUCACCCAUUGAAUUGUUUGGUUGUACUUUUUGGAUUUCAAAGCUUUCCCUUUAAGGAAAAGGCAUGGUUUGGCAGCAAAAUGGCCUUCCCUUUGCCAUCUUCAUUUUGUAUCUUAAUUACUUGUUUGAAGCUUUGCUGUACUGCAGUGAACCUGUGCUUCCUCAAUUACUCUAGCAUUUUAUGAGCUCUUCAAUGAUAUAUUCUCUGUACUAAGGUAACUUCCAGACUUAUGUAUUUAAUUUACAGCCUCCUCUAAAACUACAUUUUCCUCUAGUUUUAAGUGGAUUUUCCCCCUUCAAGUUAGUACCUGGAAGUAAUAUAAAGAUAACUGCAUCCAAGCAGCCAAAUUUUGCACCAGGGGUUCCGAGCAGAUUCACUGGGAUAGAUUGUCCUAUUAGAAAGUAUGUAUUUUCAUCAACAUUAAUUAUGCCUAUCUGAAUGCCACUGCCUGGUUUAAGAACAAAGUUCCAACAAUAGCAGCUUCUAAAAAUCGCUAAUGCCAGUGUAAAUGUUGUUUCACCUUCAUUUGUGUGGUUUCCUAAAUGUUUCUGUAACUCACCAAUGUUCCUCCUCCUGAUUGCUCUAUACUGGUGUCUAAGUUAUUCAUAAUUGCAGUGUUAGAUCAUUGACAAAGUUAUGAAGUUGACUCCCUUGAAUAUGUUCAAAGCUGGUAAUGUGCUUUUCCAUUUAUUUAAAUCAAAACAAAUAUAAGUUUUGUAACAAUG